AUUUUCACUUUUCCUUUUUGUUUGAUGUGUAGUGUAUUUUUUUUUUCGUGUUAUUUUAUUUCCAAUUAAAUUAUAAAAAGUUAGAAAUGUGUGCAAUUAAAGUAACAAUAUAUUUCGAGAUAUUGUAAAAUAUAAUAUUAAAUUAUUUUUUGUUGAAGACAAUACCAGUCUGUAUACACAUAGACUUCAAUAGUAUGAACAAAGUUUUCUAACAACACUUGUCCAUGACGUUUAACUGAUCUAUAAUUUCACUUAAUCAUAAAAAAAACAAUUGAUAACACAACACGUACAUGUCCAAGUAUCAAAAGCUAUUUAGAAAAAAGUUAUAAAUAUCGUCCAAUUUUUCUAUACUUAAUCUAAAAUUAAAAUAUUGCAUCGUAUAAAGCUCUAUCAUGUAUUCAUCGAAUCAAGGAAAACGAAAAGUAAAAAAAAUUUCAAAAGAGGAUAGAAUUCAAAUCGUUGUUCUCACAGCGAGCUUUAUUUCAAUGAAAAUGCCUGCCAUUAACAAGAGAGAAGCUGAGAAGGUGCCGGAAGAGCAACCGGAGGAGGUCGUUGAAUCGACGUUAAAAACAUUUUUGAGCACCGAGAUGGAAAUAAAAGAAGCCACAGAGGCAGAGGUAGUGACCGAAAAUGCUGGGAAAAAUUUUGAAACUCAAAUGGAAAAUCUCGGUAAAGAAAUCGCGGAGGAAAUGGGAAUACCAACAUGGGGACUUGUUGCCAUUUUAAUAGCUGUAAGCGUAGUAGUUCUCGGAAUCUGCUUCUGCUGCAUCAGAAGAUGCUGUCGCAAAAGACGAUCCAAAGAUGGAAAGAAAGGAUUGAAGGGGGCGGUGGACUUAAAAUCUGUUCAACUAUUGGGAAGCACGUACAAAGACAAGGUCCAGCCGGAUAUGGAAGAACUUACUGACAAUGCCGAGGAACCAGAUGAAGCUGAGAGUAAGCAGAGCGAGGUGAAACUUGGGAAACUUCAAUAUAAGCUCGAAUACGAUUUCAACACGAACAGUUUAGCGGUAACGGUGAUACAAGCCGAGGAACUGCCAGCUUUGGACAUGGGUGGUACUUCCGAUCCGUACGUAAAGGUUUAUCUACUACCCGACAAGAAGAAAAAAUUCGAAACAAAAGUGCACAGGAAAACGCUUAGCCCAGUCUUCAACGAGACUUUCACAUUCAAGAGCGUACCUUAUGCGGAUGCGAUGAAUAAAACUCUCGUUUUCGCGAUCUUCGACUUCGACAGGUUCUCCAAACACGAUCAGAUCGGUGAAGUCAAGGUUCCACUGUGCCAAGUCGAUUUGGCCCAAACGAUCGAAGAAUGGAGAGAACUGCAGAGUGUCGAGGGUGAAGGUGGUCAGGAUAAUAAAUUAGGUGAUAUUUGCUUCUCGCUUCGAUACGUGCCCACUGCUGGUAAAUUAACUGUGGUCAUCUUGGAAGCGAAAAAUCUGAAGAAAAUGGACGUCGGUGGUUUAUCAGAUCCUUAUGUAAAAAUUGCUCUUAUGCAAAAUGGCAAAAGGUUGAAAAAGAAGAAAACGUCUAUCAAAAAAUGCACUCUUAAUCCGUAUUACAACGAAUCAUUCACGUUUGAGGUACCCUUCGAACAGAUACAGAAAGUGCAAUUGGUUGUCACGGUAGUCGAUUACGAUCGUAUCGGCACAUCAGAACCCAUUGGGAAGGUCGUCUUGGGGUACAACGCGAGUGGAACAGAGUUGAGACACUGGUCCGAUAUGUUGGCAUCCCCGAGACGUCCUAUCGCUCAAUGGCACACGCUUAAAGACCCCGAAGACGGCGACAAGAAGGACUAAGAGAUCGUUGAGAAAAGUUCGUUAUAGAAAAAAAACAGGUUUUUUUUAUGAGAAAAAAGAACAAAGAAAAAAAAAAAGGAUGUGCAGUAAGAAAUAAAAAAAAAAAGAAAGAUUAAAAUAAAUAGAAAUGGGAUGUAACGAUCUCCCCGAUGUAAUUGAUCGAGUUUAUUCGAGAAAUAAUCAUGCACGAGAAUAAAAAUGAGCGAUAUAGAUGAAGAGAGAAAGAUAGAGAGAGAAAGAUAGAAUGAAAGGGAGAGAGAAUGUGAGAGAAAGAGAGUAAAAUAGAAUGAAAGAAAAAUAAGAAAAACAAAGGGAAUACUUUAGUAGAUAUUAAUAAUCUAUUAUUAUAAAUUAAACAACAAUAAAAUACCACCAAAAACGUUUUAGUAUUAUAUAAUAUGUUCUCAUGGAGUGUAGCGUCUUGUAUAUAUAUUAUAUAUUAUCUAUCAUACCUUUUUCUGUAGAUGUAACAAUUGAAUGAAAACUUCAAGUAAAUGCGUCCUCUUCAAGAUAUUUCGAGAUAAAGCAUUGAAUACUUUUUGCAAAACACGUUGUUUCGACUUCCAUAUACGAAUUCCGAUCAAUAGUUUUCUUUUUCAUUAAAAUUUCAUUUCAUUUCUUUUUAAUUAAAAGCAUAUUUGAUAAAAUGUUUAUAUACUAUAUUGACACUGUUAAUCUUAUUAAAUAUUUAUAUAUGGAACAUAUAAAUGUGUGCUAUAUAUUCUAUGUAUAUAGUAUACGAAAGAUAUAUAUAAACAUAUAAUGUAUACGGUGUAAAUUAUACUUAUCUUGAAUUGCGAGAAUAGGCAAUACAUAGGCAAAAUCUUAUUUAUAAAAAAUUGAUGAUGGUAUUUUGUAUGUAUAAAUCAAUAAUUGUUUUCAUGAAACAAAUUCAUGUUUAUAGGUUAUGAUUAUAUUAUAAUUAAUACACGAUAGUUGCGAGGUUAAAUGUUUUGUUAUUCGUUAAACUACAUUUAUAGUUAUAUUUAUUUUAAACGAAUGGAUUAAACUUUUUUUAAUAUUUAAUCAAUAUUCUUUUGUUUGAAUCACAUAAACGAGCUAAUAACGAAAACUAUGAUCGAAUUAUUUUCCUGCAAAAAAGUCAAUGCUUUUGAUCGUAAUAUCUUCGUGCAGUAACAACUUUAUACUGACUGCGCUAUAGGGAAUUCAGUCGAUCGAAAUGAAUAAGCAGAUUGGCGGAAAAUUCAAAAAUUUUUUGUGCAAAACAAAAAAUUAAACUUUAAUAGUUUCAUUCGCAGAGAUAUUGUCACGAUAGUUUUUGUUGUAACAGCAUCUUUCGAUUAUAAUAUUUUUACUAUAGUAUCAAUUUAUAAUUUACUUGUUUUUUAUGGAUAAAAUUAUAUUAUUAUAUUAUUAUAAUCGAUAGAUGCUAAUGACAAUUUUUCUGCGAAUUGAACUUAAGAAGAAUUAGUUUCGUUGUUUUGAUUGUUGAGUUUUUGAAAUUGAACCUACGGAAUUUUGGAUAAAAUAAAGUCAAGCGUGCCGGGAAACAUUUUAAUAUUUUAAUUUGAUAUGCAUGUUUGAUUUUCCCGCGAUUCUGCCUCUUUAUUCUAAGUAUACAUAUGCGUGUACGUGAAACUGUAAACAUAUUGGUAUAUAUAUAUUAUAUAUAUUUACCACGUGUUAUAUAUGCUGAUAAUGUUAUUGUUUUUCGAAAACAGGCCUAUCGAAUAUAUAAUUUAUGUUAUCGUUCUAUUACAUUAUUUCUUGGAUAAUAAACAUAAGAAGGAAAAAGUUAAAUAAAAAAAAAAAAAAAAAAAAGAAAAGAGUAGUGACGAGUCCACGGUGGUUCUCUAUAUAUAUUUUGGGAAUUGAUAAAAAGAAUAAUUCGAAGAAAAAGCAUUCUAUAAUACGUUUCAAACCAAAUUUAACAAAAUAAUUACGAGAACGUCCCAAGAUUUACAAAACAUUACUAUUAUCAUUACAAAUAUAUAUAUUAUAUACUAUAUGUAUCCUUUGAGAAAAGAUAAAAAUCAAUUGUUAGAAAACUGACUUUAUACAGUAUUAACUGAGUUUGACUGCUAUAAAAAAAAAAAAAAUUCAUAUAUUUUAUUGCAUCGUUGACCUUGAAAGCUACGAAUUCGACUGAAAAAAGGAAAACGGAUUAAUAAAUAUAUACGUGUUUUAGAAGAAGAAAACACGUUAAUAAAAAAAAUUCAAAGAAAUAACAUAUAUCGAUAAGAUAAUCGUUUCCAUCAGUCUAAAUCGAUAGCAACCUAUAUAUAGUUUGUGACUUAUAGUGAAUGAAAAAAAAUACCUAAAUGUAAACGGGCCUUAACGCUUUUUCCAAUUCUCCUUUCUCUCCCAUCACCCUCAUUAUCGAAGAUGCGAUAAAAAAAAACUUUGUAAAUAUCACGUCAUGAACAUUUCAGUAAUUGAUAAUCAUGUAUUAAAUCCAUUCAUUCAUCAUAAUAAUUGAAUAUUAUUUAAUUCUCAAUAUAAUUCGAUGUUUGUUUAUUUCAUGUUCGUUCACUAUAGUACAUGUUUCACAUAAUGACAAGGAGAAAAAAAAAUAUUUGCACGCAAUCAAGUUCAAAUAAUCAUGUAACAAUAUCACUACUAACAACAUAAGUAAUAAUGUUAACUAUAUAUAAAAAAAAUAUAUCGUGAAAAGAAUGUCAGGUAUAGCCAAAGAUUUUGUAAAAAUUAUGUUUCUCAUAAUCGUUAUAAAAUUCUAUGGUGUUACACCUGAUUGAAUUCAAACACGAGAUGUGUACAAAGAAAAAAAAUAUAAAGAUCGAUAUCGAAGUAAAAAUUUCUUCAAAACAAGAAGAAAAUCUCUCUCUCAUACAUUUCCAAAAUUUUGAAGCUAUUCCAGUGAUAUACGUUUACUUGCUAUAUAUCAGUUAUAUUAUAUAAACUAUAAUACAAAAAUCCGAACGAAUUAUCGAUUGUUAAUGAUAUUUAACAUAAGAAACAAACUGGUGUUGCUUGGAAUUUAAGAUAAAAAACAUUUCGUUAAGAUUAAAUAUUAAUUGCAUUAUAUUUCGAGCAACAUCAGCUUAUUAAACAAAAAAUAAUGUGUCACGAAUAAAUAUACUUCCUUAAUUCAGUUAAUUCUCUAUACAUCAUAAAAUGAAAUAAGAACAAAAAUUAUUAUAAUUAAAAAUGCAUAUAAAAUUAAGAAUAGAUUAACUUUUUAAGCUUAUGUUUGUUUAUCGUAUAUACUACUUGCGAAGAAGAAAACUGAAUAAUUUAGUUGAUGAUUAAUUUAAUGUUAUAGUACUUGAUUUAAAUUAAUUAAAUUAAUUGUUUAUUAUAUUAAUGUAAAUUUAAUAUAACAUUAAAUUAACAUGUGAGAAACAAAAAAAAAAUCGAUGACAUCAUUGUUUCUUAUAUAAUUAAUUUUCAUUUUUGGAUCCCGUAAAUGGAUCGUUAAAAGACUCGAUGCCAGAAUACGAUCGCCGAUUAAAGUAUCUAGUCCAAAAAGCAAAAUACUACAUAUUAUAUAUUAAGUCACUCGAAAUAAUAACAUAUACGUACAACUUUGCCGAUAAAGUCGAUGAUUAUAAUAAAAUUUAUUAUAAUAAAUAUAUAACGUGUUGAUAUAAAAUUAUAUUCUAUUUGACUUAAAAAGUACAUGCACUAAACAAUAGGUCAAAUAUUGAAUAUCGAUCUGAACUGCUUUUGUCUUUAUACUUUUUAAAAUGACUUUUUAAAAAUAUUUAUAUAUACCAUUCAAUUGUAAUGUAGAAAAUGAUAUCCAUGAAACGCUGAAAUAAUAUUACAAAGAUUUAUUCUAGUGAUAGUUCACAGAAUCGCGAAUGUAAAAUAGCGAUUUGAUAUUAUCUGAUGAUUAUCUUGAUAGUUUGAUAGUUCAUGGCACUGCUUAUAACAGCGUUUCAGUCGGCAAAGUGGUACACAUUGAUUCACACAAUCUAGUGCAAUCUAGAAAAACAGUCGUUAAUAUACAUAAAAUCGAUCAUUAUAAAUAAUAUAGAAAAUGUAGAAUAGAGAUGUGUAAAUGUAGUUGUAAUGUAGAACAAAUUCAUAGAUAUAUCAUUCCAAUCUUCUCCUGAAUCCCAAUGUUGAAAUCUUUCUCUAGAUUCGAAAUUGGGAUUUGGUUUUCUUAUCGUGCGCGAAUAGCGCUUAAGAUACAUGAUCGCUAACACUUAACCAAACUUGGUUCUAUCAUUUGUUCAGGACCAAUUAUCAUAAAGAUUAUCAAUAGCAUGUUCGAAUCAUGUUAUUAUUGCAGCAUUGUACUUAAAAUCUUUAAUGAGAAAAUAAAGGGGGUUUACUGUUAAAAAAAAAAAAAAAAGCGCCGUGAGCCCGGCAUCGAUCGAGAAGUUACGAUAAGCGCUUGCUAUAUGCAAAGAACGAAUGUUAUUUUUUUUUUCUUUCUUUUUAUUUGACAAAUUGUAUUACGUAAAUUUAUUUUAAUUUUUACAUACAAAUGUUAAGUGAAAUGUAAAAUUGAAAAAAUAUGGAUGAUACAAUAACUUUAUUUAAACAAAUUAUAAUUGAAGUUCUAUAUAAGAUGAAAAGUAUACUGAAAUAUAAUGUUAUUUUUUAACUCACUUUUUUGAAAUUAUUAAUAUUUUUUUAUUAUAUCUUAUCUAAUUGAUAAAUAUAUUAAGAAUAGGAAAAAUUGAUUCGGAAUAUGACUCAAAGACUUUGAAUAUUUUUACGUAAACUCAUUAUUUUUUCGUUUUUAUUCUCUUUUAAUUAAUAUUCACAACAUUUGGACAAAUCACUCAUCUGAAGUUGCAGCUAAAGAUGUUCAUGUGGACGAAUUUUCUAAUUCUUCAUAUACAUUAUAUCGAUCUUUACCUGAAAAUCGAUAACUUCAUUGAAUAGUAUUAGUCGUGACUAACCUCAAAAAGAAUUGCUAAGAGAAUCUUUCGGAAUCAAACAAAAACGUUACCGGUAUUAUUGAAUGUAAUUGAAUAUAAUACGAUUCAAUGUAUCAUAAUCAUGUGAAAAACUAUGGACGAUGGAACCCGCAAUAUGUGAUAAAGUUAUAAUUACUUUUCAAGAUGGAAAUAUAUGAUAGAAUACCGUUUUAUGAUUAUUAUCGGUGCUACCUAUAAUGUCUAAAUAGUGCCUUUCAUUGCUUUCGAAAUAAUUUCCGAAUGUAGCGCUACUGAUGUACUGACAAUCGAUCGAUGUCGUCGUUCUUGACGUAAUAUUAAAAUAAUAUUGUAGAUAUAUAACACAUAUUCAUACACAAAGAAAAGAAAAAAAAACACAAUAGGGAUACCAAUUAUCGAAGUGGCACGAAUUUCUAGAUAAAAAUAAAAUUAUCAAUUGGCACGUUUAUUAAUAAACAUAACCUUGCGAAAAAUAAUAAUAAUAAUAUUGAUAUUAAUAAUAAUUAAUUUAAAAAGAAUGAUACGCAACGCAUAGUGAUUUAAUUGAGUAGACCGUAUACAUGAUGAUACAUAUAUAUAUAAUAUAAUAAUAUAACGGAAAAUAUUCGAAUCGAUGAGAAAUGGUAAUCGAUUUGUGCAGGUUCACGAUUGUGUACGUUAAAGAAAAAUUUAAAGAAUCGAACAGUGUUGAAAGUAAUACUCAAGGAAAUUCUAUUCGAUGCAAUGCUGAUCGUUCUUUGAAUAAUUCAUUUUUUUAAUGAAAAACAAUUAGAGAAUAGCAUAUGACUGAUUUCUUUAAUUAUAAAGUUUUUCAUUCAAUAAUUUUGUUUGAGUAAU